AUGUCUGGCCUCGAGGCCCUUGCUGUCGCGGCCAGCACCAAAUUGUCUGUCAAACUAUUCUCCUUCUACCGACAAGUCAAAAAUUCCAACGAGUCCAUACAACUCUUAUCAAACGAGAUCACACUUGUCAGUGCCAUUUUGCGUGAGCUAGGUGACAGCUUGAAAGAAGAGGAGUCGUCCAAGCUCUGUUCAGAUGAGGCACUUCGGACUUUAAACCGUGUCUUAGAUCAGUGUCAGCAUGUGCUCGCACAGAUCCAGAGAGUGAUUGAUAGUAAUGACAGGACUGAUAAGUCUCGCUUUCAGCAAGUCACUGGGAAGUUUCGGCUAGUACUAGUUGAACCGAGUUUGGAUCAGCUAAAGAUGAGCCUGGAAAGGCUGAAGUCAACGAUGGUGCUUCUGCUCAAUGUGACUAUGUAUGGAGGCCAGAUUCGAAGAUACGGCCGUGAUAGCUUCUCAAGCUUCUUCUACACAGACCGCAAGCAGCAAAACGGCCAAUAUCGGGACUGA